UACCAGACUUUCCAUGGCCUCACCUCCAUUUGGCCCACCUAGCAUUGAAUCCUUGCCAGUACACCAUCAGCUGUCAUAAUUCAUUGGGCAAUCAACAGUAGCGCACUUGCCUGCAAAGUAUUCUUUUCGUUCUGCGCCACCUGCGCUUCUUGGGCUUAUCUUGAAACAUGGCUUUCAAGCAACGUAAAUUCAGAGCUAAAAUUACUGCUGAAGAUGAGGAAGAAGCUGAAGACGGGCCUCCGGUGAUAAAGCCGCCCAGUCAGGCGAAGAAAGACGCAGCGGCGAAACCGCCAGCGGCACCGGCUGCGGCUAAGAAAGAAGUUAAAGCCGCGAAACCCAGCCUUCUUUCGUUUGACGAGGAUGUCGACGAUCCAGGGAGCUUCGCGUCAAAGAAGGAAGGCAAGAAGGACAAGCAGCGCUCUUUGAAGCUUGGGAGGGCGCCGGCGCUUUCGGACCUCUCGCUGGAGAACGCGGCGCAGCCGUCCACGCGCGGCUCUGCAGGCGAGUACACGGCCGAGCGCAUGAAGGAGCUGCAGCGCAACGCUAUCAGCUUCAGCGCCGCACGACUGGCGCCGGCGGGCGACGGCGCCGGCGCCGGCACGGGCGGCACCGAGCCGGUCAUCAAGCUGUCUGGCAGCUUCAAGCCGGCGGGGGCGGGGGCGGGCGCGCCCAAGGACGACCGCUUCAGCUUGCCGGGCAGCAGCAACGCGCUGGUACGGCCGCAGGAGCCGGACAUGCCGCUGCCGCCGCCGCCGCGGCCGGGCGGCGGCGGCGCAGCGGGCGCAGCAGCAGCAGCAGGGGGCUCUGGUGGCGGAGCCGGGGCCUCCGGCGCUGGCGGGGAGGCGGGCGGCAAGUCGGCUGCUGACAGGGAGGGUGAGGCCAUGCAGGAGGAGGACGACGACGACCUGGGCAUUCCGGACGAGCAGACCAUCCUGGCCGCCAAGGCCAAGCGCGAGCGGCUGCGGCAGGCGCACCUGGCGCCCGACUACAUCCCCACCGCCGGCCUGGCCGGACUCAGUCGGCUGGGGGGCCGCGGCGGCGGCGGAGGAGGAGGCGGAGGAGGCCGAGCAGGCUCGGUUGGGCCAGGCGGCUCGGGCGAGGGCGGGGAGGGUGGCGCCGGCAGCGGCAGCGACAGCGACGCGGAGGCGGAGGACAUGAUGCGGAUAAAGUUCAGCGGCAAGGAGGGCGGCGGCGGCGGCGGCGGCAAGGCGGGCCGCAAGGAGCGCGACCUGGGCGGCUACGUGCGGCAGGUGGGUGGCGACGACGACGAAGACGCGUUCGCGGAGAAGCAGCUGCAAAAGGCGCUCAGGCUGCAGCAAGUAGGAGGAGCUGGCACCGCGCCGCCGCCGCAGGCGGCGGCGGCGGCGGCGGCAGGCCCCGGACCGGGUUCGGCGGCGGCGGCGGCCGCCGCCGCCGCAGGCGGCUACCCGCCGCCGGCGUUAGCUGGCGGCGCCGGCGGUUACCCCUACCCCUCGAACCACAUGCGGGCAGGCGGCGGCGCGGGGCUGGGGCCGGGCUCGGCGCUUGGCGCGGCGGGCGCGUUUGCGGGCGGCGGCAUGGGCAUGGCGGCGGGCGGCAGCCGGAUGGCGGCCAUUCAGGCGGCGGGCGACGGCGUGGUGGCGGCGCUGGCGGAGGGGCUGAGGCGGCUGCACACGUCGCACAAGCAGGUGCAGCAGAACGCGCGCCGCACCGCCGAGAACCUGGCGACGUCCCUGGCGCGUGUGGAGGGGCUGGAGGGCGAGCUGGCGGCGGCGGGCGAAAAGUACGAGUACGUGCAGCGGCUGAGGGCCUACGUGGCAGACCUGUGCGACUGCCUGCAGGUCAAGUCCGCUAUCGUGGAGGAGCUGGAGGACAGCCGCGGCGAGCUGAUCGAGGACCGCGCGGCGGCGGUGCGGGCGGCGGCGGCGGCGGCGGCGCGCGACCUGGCGGCGCCGGCGGAGGCGGCGGUGGCGGCGGCCAUGGCGGCACUGAGCCGCGGCGCGACGGCGGCGGCGGCGGGCGCUGCGGCGGAGUCGGCGGCGCGGGACGCGGAGGAAAAGCUCCUGGAUGAGGAGGGCCCGGUGGAACUGGACGAGUUCGGGCGGAACGUGAACCUGCAGCGGCGGAGGGAGCUGGAGGCCCGGGCCGAGGGGAGAAAGCGGCUGCUGGCGCGGGAGGGGGAGCGGCUGGCUGCGGCGCAGGCGGGGGCGGCCAUACACCCCCUGGAGCGAGACGGCGAGCCGCAGGACGAGCAGGCCUCCCGCUACGCCACCCGCUACGGCGAGAUGUGCGAGGCGGCGGCGCACGUGUUCGCGGACGCGGACGAGGAGUACGCCAGCAUAGCGGCAGUCAAGAAGCGGCUGGAGGAGUGGAAGGCCAGGUACCCCAAGGACUACACCAACGCCUACAUGCAUCUGUCCACUCCCGCCCUGUUCGCGCCGUACGUGCGCCUGCAGCUGCUGCGCUGGGACCCGCUGUACGGCGGGGGCGGGGGCGGAGGGGGCGAGGCGGCCGGCGAGGCGGGCGCCGGCGGCGCGUACACAGGCUUCGACACGCAGGAGUGGUACGGCGAGCUGUUUGAGUACGGCAUGAACACUGCGGCCGCUGCUGCUGACGGCGGCGGCGGCGGCGGCGGCUCCAUGUCGGAGGACGACCCGGACAGCGAGCUGGUUCCUCAGCUGGUGCGCAAGCUGGUGCUGCCGCUGGCGCUGCACUGGGUGGACAGGUGUUGGGACGUGCGCAGCGUGUCUCAGACGCGCGCGGUGGCGGCGCUGGCGGCGGAGCUGCUCGUGUACGUGCCGGCGGAGGAGGAGCGCAUGGUGGAGCUGCUGGGCGGCGUGCGCGGCGCGCUGGAGGCGGCGGCGGAGGCGGCGGCGCUGCCGCCCUGGCCGCCCGCCGUGCUGGCCGCCAGCCCCACCGCGGCGCGCGUGGCCUUUCACCGCUUCCGGUCCGCGCUGCGGCUGCUGCACUGCGUGUCGGCGUUCGAAGGGCUGCUCGCGCGCGGGCUGCUUGUGGGGCUGGCGCUGGGGCGGCUGGUGGCGGGCUCCAUGAUGCCGUACCUGCGCGGCGCGGCGGCGGGCGCGGGGCUGGGCGGCGGCGAGGGCAUGGGCUUCGCCGUCGCCACGGCGGAGGCGGUGGCGGCGGCGCUGCACCCGGACUGGUUCGUGGGCGGCGCGGCGCCGGCGGAGGCGGUGGUGUUUUUGGAGCACGUGGCGAGCCUGGCACGGGGCUUGGAGCAGCAGGCGCGGCAGCCGGACGCGGGCGGGGCGCGGGCGGGUCUGGCGCGGCGGUUGGCGGCGGUGUUGUCGCGGCUGGGGGACGGCGAGCGGGGGGCGCGGCUGGCGGCGGCGUACGGGAUACGAGGGGCGUGAGAGGAGUUUGGUGAGAAGGGGCGCGUGGCGUGCGGGUGGGGGCGUAAAGGGGGCGGGGGGUGGGCGUGGGCGUGUGUGCGCGGUUGCGGUACAGGGACAGGGUGUCUGUGCGAUUGUGAAUC